CCCUGAUCAAGGCGGACGCCGGGGGCUGUCUGGCACCGAGCACUGGUCAGACUCACACCCAGCAAGCCCUCGAAGAACGCCGAGCCAGCACCGGGGGCAGCCUUGGACCACCGCUGGCAGCCAUGCCGCGCAAGUCGACGGACAGCGUCGCGAGCCUCGACGCGGACAGCAAGGCCGACGACGCGAGCGUCAACACGCGGGCGAGCCGCGGCAGUAAAGCGGACGCCGGCAGCAAAGCGGACGCGGACAGCAAGGCGAGCGCGGGGGACGAGACGCGGGAGAGCCGCGGCAGCAAGGCGGACCUGCGCGCUUCUAGACAAGACCGCGGGUCCCUCGCCGAGCGCAAGGAGAAGGAGUACGUGGAUCCGGACAUUGGCAAAAGAGGCGCCAUCGCCGACCAGCUCGUGUAUCGUUCUACCGACUUCGAGAUCUUGGAGACCCUUGGUACCGGUACUUUUUCACGAGUCAAACUUGUGAGGAACGUCAUGGAAGAUAGGAUGAGGGUAGCCAAAAUCAUCCGCAAGUCUGAUAUUAUUGGUCAUGAUUUAUUCAGAUACGUCUCCAUGGAGGUUAAACUACUACGUACCUUAGAUCAUCCAUUUAUCAUCAAGAGCUUAGGAAAGUACCAGGACGACGAAUCCCUGGUGAUCAUCUUUGAACUAUUGAGGGGAGGUGACUUACACCGACGACUGUCCAUCGCGCAAGACCCCGACAGAACGCUCCACGAGCGCGACCGCGUCGACGCCGGCGGCAUGGACGAAAGACACGUGAAAUUUUAUUGUACGCAGAUCGUUACGGCUCUCCAACACAUGCACGCCCAGCGCAUUAUUUAUAGAGGCGUCAAGCCCGAGAAUUGCGUGGUCGACGAUGAUGGGUAUGUGGUGCUCGUGGAUCUGGGUCUGUGUACCUUCUUACCCUUCGACGAGAAGGGUAAAAUAGCGAAAACUUAUACGUUGUGCGGUACGCCGGAGUACACCUCACCGGAGGUCAUCCUGAGGAAUGGCUACGGGCGGGAAGCCGACGUCUGGUCAGUGGGUGUUUUGGUCUAUGAGUUACUGACGGGCUAUCCGCCCUUCUACGGGUCCCAUGCCUUUGAGGUGUACCGUAAGAUACAAGAAGGGAAGUACGAAUUCCCCAAAAAAGUCAGAGGAGACGAUGGCCUCGUAUAUCCAGGGUUUGGCGGCGGCCUGCGCGCCAAAAACUUUGUGGCGAGUUGCCUCCAGAAGAACGUCAAGAAACGGCGUGGAAGGGAGGACGGCGCCGCGACCGGCAAACUCCGGAAGGACUGGUGGUUUUAUGGCACGGACUGGAAGAAGAUCACGCGGCGGACGUGCGAGUUCAAGGACGUGCCCUUCGUGCCGUCGUUGGACCGAGGGCAAGAGAGGGUGAACUUCGACGAGUUCGUCGUCGAGGAGGACGUGGCGCGGAAGUUGAGACCGCUUGAGCCGGAGGACGUCGAGGAGCUGGAUUUGAUUGUCAGGGACCGGUCGACGCCGCCGGGCACGCCCUUCCACCUGCGGUCGAAACGCGAUUCAGAAGAUGAAGAGGAGGAGGGGGAUGAAGGAUCAGUUCAUUUGGACUCGCCCUUGACGCUCGAGGCCGAGGCGCCUCCCUCGAAUUUCGCGGCGCACGCGAUCAAGCCCGACUCGGACGAGGAGGACGAGUAAGUCCUUGUGUUGUG